GCCAAACAAACAUGGCGGCACCCAUGGAGCUCCUGUGCUGGGGAGGCGACUGGGAUUUGCCGUCUGUACACACGGAAUCUUUAAUUGUGCUGGCAUAUGCUAAAUUUGCUGGUGCCAAUCUUACAGUCAAGUUAGUGGACUGGACAUGGAGGACUAUCACAGCCACCGUUCCACAACUGCACUAUGAGGGAGCUUCAGUGACGGAACCCACACAGAUUCUCAACUUUCUCAGGCGAAAUAGAUGCAACGCAGAUUAUGAGCUGUCCGCUAAGCAGGGAGCUGACACCAUGGCCUACAUUGCUCUCCUGGAGGAGAAACUGAGGCCAGCUUUGCUUCAUACGUUCUGGGUGGACACGGAGAACUACGCCAGCCUGACGAGGCCUUGGUUUGCUUCCCGUUCUCCAUUCCCUCUCAACUUCUUUGUGCCAGGCCGCCAGGCGAGCGUGGCUCUGUCCAGGAUCCUCCUGACUAAAGCAGAAGCUCCACUGCAUUCAGUCGCAGAGGUGGAAGGAAAGAUCUACAGUGAAGCCAAGGAGUGUCUAAAUUUGCUUUCACACAGACUGGGGUCGUCGCACUUCUUCUUUGGAAACAUGCCCACAAGUUUGGAUGCCUUUGUUUUUGGCUACCUUGCACCUCUCCAUAAAGCCAGUCUGCCCAGUGCUCAGCUCCAACAGCACCUAAAACAGCUUCACAAUCUCUGCCAGUUCUGCACUAACAUCCUCAAAAACUACUUUUCCGAGGCUGCCUUUGGCUCUCUUCCCACUAGCCAGGACGCAGUCGAUGCAAACCUCCAGAAACUGACGCAGCUUGUUAACAAAGAGUCCAACCUUAUUGAAAAGAUGGAUGAUAAUCUGCGCAGUAGCCCUCAACACAGGCCCAGCCGACCCCACAAACCUGAAGCCAAAAAACCUUCAUCUCUGACCACUGACAGGAACUUGACCCUGGCCUGAAACCUCACCUACACCACACAGUGGUAUCUUUCUUUACCUAUUUAUUUAUGCUUAUAUUAUCCAAGUUGCACUAAAAUGGCCAUGACUACAGGACGCCAUACUACAUACACUUGCUCACUCACAGUAUAUUUAUACUCAGUGGUUCAGCAUGAGUUUGAACAAAUCUGACUUUGAUCAUUAUUGAAAGCUUUGUCUCAGCAUACUCGUUUUUUCAUUAGUCUCAUAUAGAGUUAUAUUAUUUUCAUAAUCUAUAAGAUUAUAUUUAUAUGUCAACCAAUAACAAAAAAAAAAGGUGGUUAGCGAAUACUAAUCACAGUAAUUAAAUAUUCAUAGCCUGUUGCCAUCCUUAACACCCUUUGCCAUAGUGAAAUUAUAUUUACCAAUAUUCACUGUGUACACACACUGUGCAUCUCAUAUUAUUCUAUCCACAUUCACUGGAUAUGAGCAAUCACACGCUCUGAUUGGCUACUGUACUACUAGGCUAUCAGCUCAUAUACCGUGAGUAGAGAAAACCAAAAUGGCGGAGUGUGUUGCUGAACUAGGGCUGCGUACCUAAACGUAACAUCAGGUACAGGUACCGGUACAGAGGUUUAGGUACAGGUCUGGACCUGUACCUGAACAAUUUGACAAAUUCUUCUGAACUUCUUUAAUAAUGACAGAAACAUUAAUAAACUGUUGACAACUUGUCAGUAUCUUUAUUCAAAGAAAACCGAACAUAACUAGGUUUCCUACCUCACUUCUCAGUCGCCCUCUCAGUCUCACACUAUAGUUAACUUGGGACAAAAAGUCAUAAGUUGUCUCACAGCGAGAAGUGACCACACUAGAGUACUACAGACUACGCGCAGUCCGCGGCGUUUAACUUGCGAGGCAAAAUUACACGAAGCAGCAAAGGCUGCCAAUGCCAGCAAAGGAAAAAUGGCUGACCUGCUUUUGAGUCUUUUUGACCAAUCAGAACGCUGGAUCAGCCAAGCUCUCGCAAUGUCUCGUGAGACUGUGGGGAGAGGAUCUCAAAUCAAAGAUGGCUCCGAUUUCAAGUUUCAGCGCGGCAUUUUACGUCUUUUCCAGUGCUAAAUUUUCGUCUUUGUGGUAGGAUUUACGCAUCUUCAGUCACAAAAUAAGCAGAUACUUGGUGUAAAUUUAUAUCCGUACAGUACCGGUACUUCAUGAUCCGGUAUUUUGGACCUGUACCAAAUUGAUUUUCACGGUACAGUACUGGUACACAGUACCGGUACACAGCCCUAUGCUGAACCAACCGAGGACGAAAUAACUACUCAAAAACAAAACUCCAAAAAAAGCAACAAAAUAUGGAAUAAAAGUAUGUGAUGGUAAGAACGUACUUUUUUUUUUUUUUUCCUCUCUCAAGAAUUAUCACAUUUUUCACAAAUUGCUCCUGUCAUUUUGCUGAUUUGUUUACAUUCUAAGUGAAAAUGAUUUUGCCGGAUGUUUUGUAUAAAGUUUUAUUUAUCGAAUUUGUAAAAAAUAAAUAUAACUAGACAGGGACACUCUAACGAGUGCAAACCCCGCCUUUUCCCUAUUAAAAUACAUUGGGUGAAAAUUUCGAAGUUCUGCCAUGACCUUGACCUUUGACCUCCAAAAUUUAUUGGUUUCCUUCCUGGGUGAUUGGCAACACGUACAAAAUUUGGUCCAAAUCGAUCCAUUGGUUCUUGAGAUAUCUUGCAGACACACAGACAGACAGACAGAUACACACACACACAGACUGACGCAGGUGAAAAUAAUAACCCCUCCGACUACUGUCGGCGGGGUUAAUAAAUGCUCUGCUUCUCAAAAUCCAGUGAAUGUGGAUAGAAUAAAGCAGUUAUUCCACUCAGUCUCGUCGUACAUGGAUUAUAGCCAACUUGGCGCUACGCACCUCAUCGGCUAUCAGCUCAUGUACGACUCGAUUUUGUGGAAUAACUGUUAAUUAUUCACUGUGUACACACGCUGUGUCUCUGAUAGCUUUCCAUCAGCAGUGUGUUUUUUUUUAAAGAUGCUUUUCGAGCUGUUAGUUCGUGCUGAACCUGAAUCGUGAUUCAUUUUGUUGAACAUCUCGAUUGUUUUUCAUUAUGGCUGUCGUUAUAUAUUAAGGUUUUGCUGAAACAGUUUGAUUAGCUGUUAUAAUGUGGUGCAAUGUGUCGCAGUCGGAAAUCAUCAGCCGACACCAAGCGGAAUAUUAGAACACUCAUCAAAGCUUUUUUUUUUUCCAUUCAGUUUAAUGUAUUAUUUAGUUUAGUCUCCUGAACACGCUACACAAACAGUAACUGAAAUAUACGGAUCGUUCUGGUUUUUUUUUUGUGGAUUUAUUUAUUUUUUAAUACUCAUUACACAGUGCUGCUUUUAUUUUAUUAUUAUUAUUUACUUUUAACUCCUGCCCUUUAAAGCAAAUGGCUCUCUGUUGAUUUUUUCCAUGCGUGUGCCUUUCCUUCUGUAUCCAAGUGUAAUUUCCUGACCUUAAACGAAAAUACAAUUUUCACGUUGUAAGCAUGCCAGAAAUGCUCAGGAGAUGCUCUUUCCAGUUUAUUGUAUCAAUAAUUAGUUGCACUUAAACAAACAAACAAACAAACAAACAAAAAUUAAAACCAUUAAUUCACCUCACCAUAUACACGCAGCUAUGUGCGCUUUUUCCUUUUUCCUAACGUACCGUAUGUUAUCACCCUGUAUGCCUCGUUCGAGUGUUCAUACUGCACACGUCUGUUAAUUCAGUGCUGAACUCUGUUUUAUGAAAACCGUGUAUCUUGAAGUCCUUUCGUUAUGUAUUUUAAAGGCCCUCAUUUUCAUCAGUUAUCAAAGCAAGGACUUGAAAAUAUGUGUUCAAAGACAAAUGUAAUAAAAUAGUUUGUGAUA